UUGCAGUAAAAGUUUUCGUGUGUGUUUUUGUACUAAACCCAAGCAAGUGACUACUCAAAAUGAAGUGCUUUACAACGAUUUCGCUGCUCGUCUGCCUGGCCGCAUGGACGCAAGCGGAGCCACCAGUGAAUCAAUAUCUGCCACCCAAUCAAUCCCCGCAGGCGCCCACCAACAACUAUCUGCCACCCACCCAAAGCUACCAAUCGCCGGCCAACAAUUAUUUGCCUCCUCAGCGUGGCGGCAAUGGUGGUGGCUCUUCACCCAGCAACAGCUAUGGUGCUCCAGUGCCCCAGAGCCAGUAUGGCGCUCCUGCCUUGACUGGUGCGAUCUUCAAGGGACAGAAUGGCGGCGGCGGCGGCGGCGGCUACGGAGGCAAUGGCAACAACGGCUACGGUCAGCGGGAUGAGGAGCAAUACGGCCCGGCGAAAUACGAAUUCAAAUACGAUGUGCAGGAUUACGAGUCGGGCAAUGAUUUUGGACACAUGGAGUCCCGCGAUGGUGAUUUGGCUGUUGGCCGCUACUACGUUCUGCUGCCCGAUGGCCGCAAACAGAUCGUCGAAUACGAGGCCGAUCAGAAUGGCUAUCGUCCAACGAUUCGUUAUGAGCAGGUUGGCAAUGGCAAUGGCAAUGCCAAUGGACGCAAUGGCGGCACUGGUGGCUACGACAGCAAUGCGCAGCAGCAGCAGGGCAAAUUCAAUGGUUAUCAGUAAGGGCGGGCGCGUUGUAGUUAUGCUGAAGGCGUUGCUACCUUCUAGUGUUUUCCAGUUUAAGUCGACCCUGUAACUAUAUUCUUGUCUACCUACACAUUCAUACAUUCAUACAUAUAUCGUUGUUUUUAACAUUUAACAUUCGCUGAGCGAGCUGAGUAUUAAAAUGCAUCUGCUGCUGCAACAGUUUGACAUGCACUGGCUCUUUUCAUGCGAAUCUCCACCUGUCUCCGCUCUCCACUCUCUACUGUCACACUCCCAACUCCAUUUAGUGAAACGCUGCCAUUUUGCCAUAGCCAGGCACGUUUCAAAAGUCCUUUACUGUUAUUAUCCUUUGCCUCUGCCUCUGGCUUUGCCUUUGCCUUUGCCUCAUUUUCCAACACCUUUUUGCCGUUCGUUUUGUUAAGCGCCUUCAUUUUGUGUCGGUCUACACACAGUUACAGACACACACACACAUACACACACACACACGCCAAUAAAUACAUACAUACAUUUUGUGACUAUCACACGCAUUCAUACAUAAACAUCCAUAUACAUAAGCAUUGUAUUUAAUUUUAAUAUGAAUUCUGAAUGAAAAAUGCAUUGAAGCACAAUCUUUGAAUGGAAAAUAAUGUGUACGAAAUGAAACA